AUGUCAAUCACAUUGAAGAGCGAAAAAAAGGUUAAAAAUAGUGUUAGGCAAGCUAAUCUUCAAGAUAAGCCUGUUGAGAAUGAAACAAUGAUUGAGAAAGUUGACAAGCAAAUUCAAAAUAAGGAAACAAAGACAACUUUACCACCACCACCACCCUUUCCUCAACGCCUUCAGAAACAAAAGCUUGAUAAGCAUUUCCAAAAAUUUCUCAAGGUAUUCAAAAAGCUUCACAUUAACAAUCCUUUCGCAGAAGCUUUAGAGCAAAAUGCCAUCAUAUGUGCUGAUGUCUCAAUAAUGCCUUUGUUUGUUGCUAGGAGACUUGGACUAAAGGAGAUUCAAUGUACUACAGUCACCUUGCAGUUAGUAGACAGAACAAUGAGGCACCUCUGUGGGAUUAUAGAGGAUGUCUUGCUUAAAGUGGGGAAAUUAUACAUUCCAAUGGACUCCAUAGUACUUGAAAUGGAGGAGGAUCAAGAGGUUUUAAUCAUACUAGGACGUCUAUUCCUGGCCACUGUAGGUGCAAUCAUCAAUGUAAAGGAAGGUAGAAAAACUUUUAGAGUUGGAGAAGAGGCAGUUGAAUCUACUAUUUUCAAUGACCUAAAUACCUUUCCGCCACAGCUCUAUGCUAUAGAGUGGAUGCAACUGAUAAAGGUAAAGGUCCGGAAAGCAUGA